CGGAGCACAGGCUCCGGACGCACAGGCUCAGCGGCCAUGGCUCACGGGCCCAGCCGCUCCGCGGCAUGUGGGAUCCUCCCGGACCGGGGCACGAACCCGUGUUCCCUGCAUCGGCAGGCGGACUCUCAACCACUGCGCCACCAGGGAAGCCCUAAAACGUUUUUUGAAGUUUGUUUUUAAAAGAAGUUGGAAUUUUUGACUAUUUAAAAUUUCUGGUUUCUUUCUUAAAAUUGGAACAUCUGGUUGGUCAGGGUCCCCAACUCCACUCUGCUUUUUAUGUUGCCCGCCUGACCCCUGGAAACAUUUGCUCUAAUGGGAGGAAUGUGCUCUGAUGGGGGUCAAGUCAGCAGAGGGCAGCAGUUAACAUUGUGGUCUGAGGAAUCACAAGACUUGGGUUUGAAUUCUGACCUCACCAUGACCUUGCUGUGUGACGCAGAGCCAAUCAUUCUCCUCUCUGAACCUUAGUUUCUUCAUCUGUAAAAUGGAGGCAAUGAAGUCCUUCCCCAUUCCCUCACCCCAGGACUGGCCCGGAAAAAAGGCUCAAUAUAUGGAAGUUGAUAUCACUGUCCUGGCCUAGGAGAUUUCAGAUUUAUUUCUUGGCAGAGGGAACAUUCAAAUAAAAUCUUAGGCUGAUAUUCAGUAGUAGGACCAGAAAGUGUGGGGGGGGUUCUAUUUCUUCCCCCUACCCCCUUGUACCCACCAGAGCAUUGCCUGAAGUCGGCUGACCAGUCUACUAACCCCCUCACUUUAAGAGUAACAGACCAGAGAAGGCAGUGACCUUCUUGAAGUCACACAGCAUGUCACAGGCACACAGCUCCCCACUCUCAUCCUCAAAUCUUCAUACUGAUUGCCUUGCUGACUUCACUCCCCAAGUGGCAUAUAUGGGGCUGAUAGACUUAUAGUUGCCAGUGUUUUCUGAGCUCUUUGUUAGGCACCAUUCUGAGCGUUUUGCCUGUGUUAACACUGGUCACCCGGAUGACCUGAGGCAGAUGGUGGCUGUCCCCAUUUUGUAGAUGAGGAAACUGAAAUUCCAUCUUUCCCUCAAGUUACACAGCCGGGAAGUGGCACAGCCAGCUUUUCGCUGACUCAUCCUGAGGGUCUGUCUUGCCAGUGCCACCAGGCUGUGUCCUGUCUCUAUGUCAUCUGUCUGUAUUUCUGCUCAAGCCACACCAGUUUCCUUGCUGGUCCUCCAACAAAAACCAAAUCCUGCCACCGGGCCUUUGCACUUGCUGUUUCCUCACCCUGGAGUACUUUCUCCUACCUCCUGACCUGUGGCCUACACCUUCUCAUCUUUCAGGCCCUGCUCCUGAAAGAUAUCCUGGAGAUAUCACUUCCUCAGAGAGGCCUGUCUCAACCAUAUCAGCUAAAAUCACCUCUCCAGUCACCCACCUCGUUUUAAUUCUCUGCAUGGCAGUCCGUAUAUUCAUUCAUUCACUCAUACAUUGAUUCAUGCGAUAGACAUCUAUUGGAAAUCUGCUGCGUGCCAGGCCAUGUUCUUGGCCUAAAAUAUACAGUAGUGAACAAAGCAGACAAAAGUCCUUGCCCUGCAGAGCUUAGUUCUAGAAGGGAAGGCAAACAGUGAAGAGUAAAAUAUAGAAUGUGUCAGGUAAGUAGUAUUUAUUUUAAGGAAGAGAAAUGUGAAAUAUAAGGGCAGGGGUUGACAUUUUAGAUGGGUUGGUCAGGAGAGGCCUUCCUGAGGAGGCGACAUUUGAGAAGGGGCCUGAAGGAGGUGAAGGAGGAGCUAAUGGAGAUCUGGGCAAGGGAUCUUACAAAGGCCCUGAGGCAGGAAUCUAUCUGGAAUGUUAAGGAACAGUAAGGCGGCCAUUAUGGCUGGAGCAGAGUAGUGAGGGGUAGACUGGGAGGUCGUGGGGCAGGGUCUGUGGGCACAGCAAGGACUUUGGCUUUUGUUUUGAGUGAGCUGGGAGCCAUAGAAGGUUCUGAGCAGAGGAGCAAUGUGACCUGACUCAGGUGUUUACAGGCGCCCUCUGGCCACUGUAGGAGAGCAGACUGAGGGGCAAAGUCAGGAGCUGGGGACCAGGGCAGAGGCGAAUGUACUGGUCCAGGCAAGUGAUAAGGUGGGGCUGGCCGAGGAAGGGGUGCAAAGCGAACAGAUUCUGAACAAAUUUGGUUGAUUUGAGGUGCAAAGGAAAAAACAGAGCCAAGGAAGACUCCAUGACUUUUGGGGUGUGCGUUGCUGCUAGGUUAACCUGUUGAUAGUCUAGCCCUCCUCGUGUCAUCUCUGUGAGGGCAGAUCAUGGUCUGUCUUGGUCCCUGCUGUGUCUCCAGCUCCUGCAACAGGACCUGUCCCACAAAGGCGCUCAGUCACUGAUCUCUGUCAUUUCCUGUCUCCCAUCUCUUUUGGGGUGCCUGUCUCUCUGCCAGGAAUUUCCUUGGUCCCCUUAUUACUCUUGACCCACCCCCCCAAUGCCAUCUCAGCCCCCCUGACCCCUCUUCCUGCCCGCCCCUUGCAGCUUGGAGGCAGAGAAUGGGCCGACGCCAUCGCCAGGCCGCAGCCCCCUGGACUCGCAGGCGAGCCCGGGACUCGUGCUACACGCUGGGGCGGCCACCAGCCAGCGCCGAGAAUCCUUUCUUUACCGCUCAGACAGCGACUAUGACAUGUCACCCAAGACCAUGUCCCGGAACUCGUCGGUCACCAGCGAGGCGCAUGCAGAGGACCUCAUCGUGACACCGUUCGCCCAGGUGCUGGCCAGUCUCCGGAGCGUUCGCAGCAACUUCUCCCUCCUGACCAAUGUGCCCAUUCCUAGCAACAAGCGGUCCCCACUGGGUGGCCCAACCCCCGUCUGCAAGGCCACGCUAUCAGAAGAGACAUGUCAGCAGUUGGCCCGGGAGACGCUGGAGGAGCUCGACUGGUGUCUGGAGCAACUGGAGACCAUGCAGACCUACCGCUCUGUCAGCGAGAUGGCGUCCCACAAGUUCAAGAGGAUGCUAAACCGUGAACUCACACACCUGUCAGAGAUGAGCAGGUCAGGAAACCAGGUAUCUGAGUACAUCUCCACCACAUUCCUAGACAAGCAGAAUGAAGUGGAGAUCCCAUCACCCGCAAUGAAGGAUCGAGAAAAACAGCAAGUGCCACGGCAGAGACCUUCCCAGCAGCCUCCGCCCCCUGGGCCACAGUUCCAGCCCAUGUCUCAGAUCACCGGGGUGAAGAAGCUGAUGCAUAGCAGCCUGAACGAUUCCAGCAUCCCCCGCUUUGGGGUGAAGACCGAUCAAGAGGAACUCCUGGCCCAAGAAUUGGAAAAUCUGAACAAGUGGGGCCUGAACAUCUUUUGCGUGUCGGAUUAUGCCGGGGGCCGUUCCCUCAGCUGCAUCAUGUACACGAUAUUCCAGGAGCGGGACCUGCUGAAGAAGUUCCGCAUCCCGGUGGACACGAUGGUGACAUACAUGCUGACCCUGGAGGACCACUACCACCCCGAUGUGGCCUACCACAACAGCCUGCACGCGGCUGACGUGCUGCAGUCCACCCACGUGCUGCUGGCCACACCUGCGCUGGAUGCCGUAUUCACGGACCUGGAGAUUCUCGCCGCCCUCUUCGCAGCUUCCAUCCAUGAUGUGGACCACCCUGGGGUCUCCAACCAGUUCCUCAUCAACACCAAUUCUGAACUGGCGCUCAUGUACAAUGACGAGUCGGUGCUGGAGAAUCACCACCUGGCCGUGGGCUUCAAGCUGCUGCAGGAAGACAACUGCGACAUUUUCCAGAACCUCAGCAAGCGCCAGCGGCAAAGCCUGCGCAAGAUGGUCAUCGACAUGGUGCUGGCCACGGACAUGUCCAAGCACAUGACCCUCCUGGCUGACCUGAAGACCAUGGUGGAGACCAAGAAAGUGACCAGCUCGGGGGUCCUCUUGCUGGAUAACUAUGCCGACCGCAUCCAGGUCCUACGGAACAUGGUGCACUGUGCAGAUCUCAGCAACCCCACCAAGCCGCUGGAGCUGUACCGCCAGUGGACCGACCGCAUCAUGGCCGAGUUCUUCCAGCAGGGCGACCGUGAACGCGAGCGUGGCAUGGAGAUCAGCCCCAUGUGCGACAAGCACACGGCCUCGGUGGAGAAGUCUCAGGUGGGUUUCAUCGACUACAUCGUACACCCGCUGUGGGAGACGUGGGCCGACUUGGUUCACCCAGAUGCCCAAGAGAUCCUGGACACUUUGGAGGACAACCGGGACUGGUACUACAGUGCCAUUCGGCAGAGCCCAUCGCCACCACCCGAGGAGGAGCCCGGGGGACCAGGCCACCCCCCUCCACCGGAUAAGUUCCAGUUUGAGCUGACGCUGGAGGAGGAAGAAGAGGAGGAGGUGUCCACUGCCCCAGGUGCAACUGAAGUGGAGGAAUUGUCCACCGCCCAGGAUAUGUUCCCAGCUGAGGACCCGUUGGAGGUCGAUGGCCAGGACCAGUCUACGGAGGUGGAGGUAGAGGAAAUGUACUUGACACAGCAAGCAGACUCAGCAGAUAGUGUGGCUAAGGGUCAGGACGUGUCCACGCCCCCAGAUGCAUCUGUAGGCUGCAGCAGCCCCCCUGCCCUGUCUCCUGAGAGCCUCUCUCUGCCUGUCUUGAGGACCCCGCCCCCUCCAGAGGAGGACCCGGGCCUUCUGGGCCUCCCCUCCACGGCGGCCGAGGUGGGGGCCCAAAAAGAGGAUCAGGCUGCCAAAAGGGCGUGCUGCGCCUGCACAGGAACAUCGGGCGAGGAUCCAUCCACACUCCCAGCUCCUGGAGGGUGGGGGUCAGCUGGAGGCCCUACCUGAGCCUCGGCCUCUACACCUCGUUGGCCUCCCUGCCUCCCGCCGCCACCAUCACCCCCCCACC